ACGCCUGAAACAGCCAGUGGGAAAAACUGAAGGAGAGAGAAGUGGGACCAGAAGAUUCAUAGAGAUGAGAGUGACAAAGUGAUAGGAAAGUGUCACUCAGAGCCAUGAGGACUUCUUUACACUCAGUGAGCCUAACGUUCCACCAGGCUGCUUCAGUUUGUUUUCAUACAGGUUCAGAGAUACCACUAUAGAUCUGCAUCUGGCUUUAUUGGGAUCCAACAGAAAACUGGUUAAGCUCUGACCUCGAGGGAAAUCAUGAAUCAGUGCAUCUAUAAUAUUGGGAAUGAUACUGUUCUAAGUUCCCCUACUUCACGCAUCUCAGGUACCAUCUUUCUGUUUUUGUCAGCCUUCUUGGGUCUACCUGGAAAUGCUUUUAUCAUCUGGAGCAUUUUAUGGAAGUUGAAAGGCCAAGAAAAAUCUGUAACCUGUAUUCUUAUUCUUAAUUUGGCAGUGGCUGAUGGGACAGUUCUCCUCCUAACCCCCUUUUUUAUUACGUUCCUCAUCAAAGAGACCUGGAUUUUUGGUAAAACUGUCUGCAAACUUGUCUAUUAUCUUUGUUGCCUUAACAUGUAUGCCAGCAUUUUUAUCAUAGCUUUGAUGAGCUUGGAUCGAGUCUUUGCUGUCUUCAAACCAUACAUAUCUCAGACUCUUCGUAAAAGAGCCAUGGUGAGAAACAUUCUCAUAGCCAUAUGGUUCCUAGCUGGAAUAUUAGCCUUCCCUGCAUUUGCCUUCAGAGAGAUAAUUAUAGGAAUUAAAGGACCUAACCUGAACUUUACAAUUUGUGAACCUUGUCAUUCUACACCUGGAUUGGCUAUUUUUCACUACUUAUUUGAAACAUUUGUGAGUUUCCUACUUCCUUUCCCUAUGCUAUUGUUUAGCUAUGUUUUGGUUUUGAUCAAGCUAAGGGGGAGUCGCUUUAGACAACGAUCACGGAUAGAAAAGCUGAUAGCUGCCAUUUUGAUAACAUUUGCUAUUCUUUGGCUUCCAUAUCAUGUGGUGAAUGCAAUGCAGGUAACUUCUAAUCUGACAACUGGGAAAGUGUCUGAAAACUUACGAAAAGCUGUGAAAAUGAGCAGAGCUGGAGCAACUGCUUUGGCCUUUUUUAGUGCCAGCGUCAACCCACUGCUCUAUGCAUUUGCAGCUUUAGACCUCUUUCGGGUAUUUGGAGUGGGAUUUGUAGCUAAAAUGUUUGAGGGGACUGUAGCCGAGAUACAAAAAAGGGUCAAGUCCCAACGAGAUAUUGUCAGGGGUCUUGUGAGAGCUGGCAGUCGUGGAGAAUCUAUGGAUGUGGAGAUGAGAAACGGAGUCAAAGAAGUCAUUUUGAAAGAGGGUUUCUAAACUCUUGAGGACACCUACUUGUUAUGGCAUUCUAUAAGAAGCAAUAACUAUUAGUACUGUGCAAAUACUACUGUAUGUCUAACUUGUGAACUUCAGAGUAUAUUAUUAGUACACUUAUUAUCCAGUAAGGUUUUCAAGCCUUGUUAUAAAUUUCAGAAUAGUCAAACCACAACAUAUAACUGUGCCAUAUAUUCCAUUUACUUACAUGUCUUUUAAGAGUUAAAUAUAAUGUAUGGACUUGAUGAUACCCCCAUGACUUCUAUCACUGCAUAUAACUAUUUAUUAGAAUAAUGGGAUUUUUCUUUCAUCUGGAGUUUAUGGUCCCGAUUUAAAGCGACACUUAAAUCAAAAUAAACUUUUAUGAUUCAGAUAUAGCAUUCAGUUUUGAGACACUUUCCAAUUUAUUUCCAUUAUCAAAUUUUGCACAGUCUUUUUCUAUUCACACCUUCUGGGAAACAAGAUCCUACUGAGCAUGUGUACAAGCUCACAGGGUAUACUUAUACUAGUCUGAGAUUGGCUGAUGUGUCACAUGAUACAGUGGACCAGAUAAUGGGAGAAAAAAUAAAAUUGUCAGAAAACAAAUCUACUAGUUAUAUGAAAUUCAAAGUAGAUGUUAUUGCAUUGUCUUUUUAUUAUGUACUUGUUAAUUAUGCAAUUCUACUGCAUUGAGUGGUCCUUUAAGAAAACAGGAACAAACCCAUUAUUUAAACUCUUGUUUAAACAUUGUGAACAAGCUAUUAUAAUUUUCAUUAUGCUAGUCAUAUUGACUAGUGAGAGAAAUAAAAUGUCUAUCUAAAAUAUG